AUGAGUCAGACUGCCUACGGAUCACUCAUCCGAGAGAGUGGCAAUAGGCUCACUGCCAGCUUCACAAUUGAUGGGCGCGCAUACAACUUCCCCGCGACAGUCAGCCCAUCCCUCCCGGCCUUCACCACAAAUAAUACCAAGCUCGCAUACAAUGACCUAGACGAGCUCACGUCAACCCGUACUUUCAGCGGCCAGAUAGGCACCACUACAUUCAAACUCACUUUUAAUAACGGCCCCAUUAUCGACGGUGACCUGAACCAACCUGGCAUUGUACCAGCUGCUUCCGUCAACGGCAACGGCGUUUGGGAGGGCUCCUAA